CAUAUCCACGGAGGGAAAUUUACAUCCAUGCGCGCGCACCAAGUUAUACCGUCCCUCAUUCCCUUUGUUUCACAGUCUAGUCUACCUUUCCUCGCGGUCGACUACCGGCGGGCUCUUGAAUUUCCCUUCCAAACACCACUAGAGAAUUGCUGGACAGCUCUCUUAUUUCUUCAAUUACAAAUAAAGAGGUUAGGUAUCGAUGUCAACAAAAUUGCAGUUUGGCGGAAAAGCGCGGGUGGAGCUUUGGCUGCCUCAAUAAGUUUGGUUGCCCGUGACCGAGAUUUUUUGCCACCGUUAACGAAGCAGAUUUUGAUAUACCCUAUGUUAGAUGACAGA